CACAAAUAUAUUUAUAAACAACAUCUAUAUAUCUUUGUUUAUGUACACAGCACAUAGAUAUCACAUAUUUAUUUAUAAACAUUAUAAACACUACGUCCGCUCAUCAUAAUCGACGAAACGAAUACGUACGUCUACACAAAGUAGUGAUGAGUUACACAGAAGUAAAAGCCAGAGCCGAAGCGGCCGGACAGGGUCAUAUCUUUCAGUUUUAUGAUGACCUGAGUGCGGAUGAACAACGAGAAUUAGUUGAAUCUGCAGAGAAAAUUGAGUUUGACAGCGUGAAUACAUAUUUCCAGCGUGUGCUACCCAGUUUGGGAGCUAGUAAGGAAGCUGAUGUACCUGCCAAAGCAGAUAGGUCUUUAAAGCCGUUGAGUAAGCAAAUGACCAGUAGAUCUUUCUCGGAUAUCAAAGAAGCCAUGAAUGAGCGUCAAAAAUGGUUGAAGAGUGGUCUAACUGCAAUCGGUCAAGGUGAAGUUGCAGUUGUGCUUCUGGCUGGAGGACAGGGUACACGCCUUGGGUCAGCCAAUCCCAAGGGAAUGUUCGACGUGGAGCUCCCCUCAGGAAAGAGUUUGUUCCAGCUUCAAGGAGAGCGUAUCCUCAAAGCACAGAGACUAGGAAAUGAGCAUGAAGGUACAAACGCGCAAAUCAUGUGGUACGUCAUGACUAGUGCACCCACCCACGACGCCACUGUCAACUUCUUUGAAAAGAACAAAUUCUUCGGUCUCGAACGCGAACAGGUCGUAUUCUUUCAACAGAAUACCUUGCCCUGCCUGACGCUCGAAGGAAAGAUAAUCCUCGAGAAGCCAAGUAAAGUUGCCACAGCUCCUGACGGUAACGGUGGGUUAUACAGAGGCCUGGUUACCGGUGGAGUGCUUGACGAUAUGAAGGCGAGGGGCACGAAACACAUCCACGCCUACUGUGUAGAUAAUGUUCUGGUAAAGCCAGCCGAUCCUUAUUUCAUCGGAUUCUCCAUUGAGCGCAAUGCUGAUACUGCCGCAAAGGUAGUGCCCAAAUCCGCGCCUCAAGAAAAGGUUGGUGUGUUGUGUCAAACGGCGGAUGGCUUCAAGAUCGUCGAGUACAGUGAGAUCGAGACUCGACUCACGGAACUGAGAAACAAGGACGGGGACUUGCUUUUCGAUGCAGGAAAUAUUGCAAACCAUUACUUCACAAUGGACUUUUUGGAGGACGUCUGCACCAAGCACCGCGAAACCCUUACGCAUCACAUAGCGCUCAAGAAGAUUCCCACCAUCGAUGAAAAGAAGGAAGCCACGAAGCUGGAUGGCAUGAAGCUAGAACUGUUCAUCUUUGAUAUCUUCCAAUUCUCAGAACGUCUGGCUGUGUACUACGUUAAUCGUGAGGAUGAGUUCUCACCUUUGAAGAACGCUGCUGGGGCCGCGGAUGGCACAUCGAAGCAUUGCCGAGAGGAUUUGUUAAGUCUGCACGCACGCUGGUUGAAGCGAGCAGGUGCACGUCUGGAAGAGGGUGCUGAGGUGGAGGUGUCACCGCUGAAGUCAUACGACGGCGAAGGUUUGGCGUCAGUCAAAGGACAGACGUUCACUGGUACCAAUCACCUGGAUGAGUGAGCUUAGUACUAACGCUCUGGGCGUUCUAGAUAUCAAGAUUGCAACUUAUUCGCAUUGUGUUUAAGGUUGUAGUAUAAUUAGGAAUCAAGUAAAGAUAGCGGAGCAUGCGGUUUGUAAGAUGUAUGUGCCCCCGCAUACAAACGAGAACAGUCUUUCUCCAAACAUGCAAAAUUGGAGUACGAAUAUUCUUAACUUACAAAUAUCAACCUUCAU